AGAACCUUGCUUUCCUGGAAGCUGUUUACUUUGAAAUCGAAGGUGCUUUGGAUAUAAUUCCAGCCGCUUGGAAUCUGAAACCCUGCUCCCAUGGAUCAUACAAUAUUUAGCUGCCUGCGCGGCUCACAUGCUCCAGCGCAGAGCCUGCACCACUUCUCUCAGUCUCCACUAGCUCUCCAUGGAAGAUCAGACCAUGUGGCUUUUCCAGACCUGUCUUCUUCUUCUUGUAUCAUAACGGGAUUUCCUAAUGAAGAAAGCAUGUUUACAGCUCAGCGUCAUCAUCAUCACCUACAUCAUCACCACCGAGGUCAUCCCCAGCAGCAACCCCAGGCACCGGCCGCUGGCCAGGCGACAUGGCACAUCCCUCAGAUCUCCUCACCUCCUCCCCUGGCGCGGCACACACUCUGUCUCCAGUCGGAAUCCGGGACCCCGGAACUGGGCUCCAGCCUGGCGGACAGCAGUCCCAGUUUGACCCCCAACAACCCCCCGUCCUGUGUGUCGGGGGAUUACGGGAGGCCGGCGGUCACUCCAGUGGAGACAGAGAAAAGGAAUUCCAAAAGGAAAAGUGACGGCUCAGAGACACAAGAAUGCAGCUACAAAGGAGAGAUGAACAGCAAACCCAGAAAGGAAAGAACAGCCUUCACUAAAGAACAAAUUCGGGAAUUGGAAGCUGAGUUUGCUCACCACAACUAUCUGACCAGACUGAGAAGAUACGAGAUAGCAGUAAAUUUGGAUCUCACUGAAAGACAGGUCAAGGUGUGGUUCCAGAACCGGAGAAUGAAAUGGAAACGUGUUAAAGGAGGCCAACAAGGAGCUGUUGCAAGGGAAAAAGAACUAGUGAAUGUGAAGAAAGGGACAUUACUGCCCUCUGAGCUGUCUGGCAUCUCCACGUCAGGAACUCAUCAUGCUGGAGACAUUCUCUCAAAUGAUGAAAGCCAGGACAGUGAUCACAGCACUGAACUUGGCCAUUUGUGAUGUACAAAGAAAGGGAACGUCUCAACAGAUUCUCAGGAAAGAAAUGGCAUGAGGAGAAUGCAAACAACAUUGUCUUAAAGUCUCUGUGUGAAUGACUCCUUAUGGACAUGAUGCAAACAUCACAGCCUCUGAACAUUCCAUAUUUGAAAUGACAAUUGGACAGUUUGCAAGUUUAUGCCUUGACUUCCAUCGUAAAUAAAAACAGGAAUUGAUGCAAAAAUACAAAAUAAAUAUUAACAGAAAUUCAACAGAGAAUAGCAGGGAAGAUUUCUUUUGUGUAAUUGGUGAAGCAAAAUAAUAGACAAAUUUAUAAAGAAUGACUAUUUAAUCUUUCCACAGAAGAAACCCGCAGCCAGUAAUAAGAAAUGUAGCAAUUCAAUAUGAUUGAAAUGUUAAAAUAGUGCUCUAAAAGAGACCAGUAGAGAAUGCAGUCACCUUCACCAGUACUCUUACUCAUAGGUGCAUGUGUUUUAAAACCUGAUGAAGUUAGCAAUUAUUCAGUCAGAUCAAUGACAGCUUGAAAUUCCUAGACUGCUCCCCCAGUGAAUGAUAGCAAAGUUAUGCAGUUUAAAGUAAAGGCUGAAUAGUUGUCCUGUCAGUAGUCAUUUCAUACAUAUCAGUGUUCCUAAUCAACAGUUCACUGAGUGUUGGAAAUCCUAAUAUUAUCUCCUAUGGGUAAAUAUAAAAUUCUAUCAGUGAAUACAAGUUACAUAAUUACUAUUAACAUAUGUUAAACAGACAGUGCAGUAAAUAUUUCAACUAAUGUUCCUUUUUUCACUUUUCUUAUUCAAACAUCAAAUAGAAACUCCUAUUUUCAUUCUGUUUGGUCAAAUUGUUUUUGCUUCAGUAAUUAAUCAUUCAAACAAAUGCAUUAAAAAUAAGGUGUAGUUGGAAUAUUGAUACCAUCCAAUCAAGAUCAUUAGUUUUACUAUUGAGUCAUCAGUCUUAGCCAGUAAGAUAAAAUCAGUUUCAUCCAAUGUUAUCAAGAUAGUCCAUUGGCAUUCUCUAAUAUAUGAAGAGUUUUUCAAGUACCUCAACAAUGUAUAAUGUUGAUAAUGCAAUUUUAUGCACUGAUGUUUAACUUUUGUCAGAUUUAGGUGAUGUAAAACAUGAUUAUCUAAUAGCAAUCUGGAGUUCCCUAUGGCCCUCCCAUGCUUGGAAUUGUUUAGGAGUCAUUUUCAAUACAAAAGAUAGAUGUAUAAACCAAAUAUCUCACAUUCUGUUAAGAUGUGAUAAAUUAUUAAGUAAUAUGCACAUCUAACCAAACCAAAUUCCAAUUGGCAUCUUCUCUAUGAUAUUGUAUAUAGUAUAAUGGAAUAAAAAGCAAGGUUGCCCCUUGAAAAUUGAGAAUAUAAUUCCUGACCUACCUGACCUGGAAGGAGAGAAGUAUAAGUUUGCUGAAUAAGGUUGAGUUAACAACAAGACUGUGGAUUUUCUAUGUAAUACUUAAUGACAGGGUGGACGAGAUGGCUGAAUAUUUUUUCUUCAUUCCUAUAACAUAUAUCAAGAAUAAAAGUAACAUGCAGAGAGGUUUACAAAUGAUGUCUGAUUCAAAGAUUAGGUUAGUUUUUACCUCACUCCAGCCAGUAUGUUUUAUUAGUGUGUAUGAUAUUUUGUUGAAUUGUCAAAUUGACAAUUUGAAUGUGUUCCUAGUAUGGUUAUGCAUUCCUUCACAGGGUUACAGGCAAAUAACUUACAAUUGCAGAAUUUCAGGAAAAUUUCAUACACAAUAUAUGUUAUCAUAGCAUCUGUAGUGCCAACAUGCUUCAUACAUCAAUCAAUAUAUAUAAAUAGUUGUAAAUAAUGUUUUUAUAUAGGGCUUCUUUAAUUGCUUGGUAAACAUGACUCUAAAUGCUUUGAGUCAAUGAUUAUGUCUUAACUCUCAGAAAGUCUAAUUCACCGUGUGUUCAGCAUUGUAGUAAUGCUGCACUUUAGCCUUCUAAAAUAUAACAUUUGUAAAUGAUUGAAAUAUGUUUUCAUAUAUCUGGAUAUGCAAUCCCAGAUAAAGAUUUUGCCCCAGCAGCCUACAGUAUUUAAAGUAACUGAUGAUGAAUGAGAAAACAAACACAUUAUUGCUAUUUCUGUUUUUACAUUCAAGGCUCUGGUGUAAAAAUUGGAAGAAUGUAAUAAAUUGGAUUCGCUUCAGAAAAUAAGUUUGAUAUUCUGAUAUAUAUGCGAUUGCAAUUACAUGACACAACAUGUUAGUGAAGAAAUGGAUGAAAGAGUUGUGGAAAUCUUUUUCUGUUGUCCCUUUCAGAAUAUGAAACUUAAACCCUUUGGUAGUGUCUCUCAGGUAAUUCUGUUUAUAUCACAGUUCCUAAGUUAAGAGUAAAUGGUAAAUUUUCAAUGGGUUUUAAAGUAAUAUAUAAACAAAUCCUGCUGGUAUCAAAGCAAAUCAGUUCAAUUUGUUAUCUCCUGGGAAUGAUAAUUAUGCAAUUUUCUUAACACACUUGAAGCAAAUUGAAAUAUAAUGCAUUGACAGUAAUCACCUGAGAAACAUAAUGGUUUCCUAUUGGUACAAUUAAGUCAAACCUGUGGCAGCAUUUUGUUUAUGAUGCCUUUGCACAAUACUUGCACACAACCUUAAAAAAAAGUGUCUUAUUGUUUUGGUGUGUCUUGUGAAACAAAUAUUAUUCCUUGUAUUUGUUUCCUAUGUUUACU